AUGGGUGUGGGGUAUAGGUUGGGCGUUAGGGUGGGUUCGGUGAAGGGUGUUAGAAGUGGGCGAGAGGCAAGAGAAGAUAGGUUGAGGGUGGGGUCUUGGAAUAUUGAGACCCUUCAAGGUAAGUCUGUAGAUCUGGUGAAGAUUCUUAAGAAAAGGAGGAUUAAUAUUGCGUGUGUGCAGAAGACUAGGUGGGUGGGGUCUAAGGCUAGGGAUGUGGAUGGGUACAAGCAGUGGUACUCAAGGAGUGAUAAGCAUCGAAAGGGAGUGGGCUUGGAUGAGGAGGAGAAAGCAAAAUUUUGGGAUGACUUGGAUGAGGUAGUGAGAAGCGUGCCUAGCUUGGAGAAGAUUAUCAUAGCAGGGGACUUUAAUGGCCACAUUGGGGUCUUACCGGGAGGUUAUAACGAUGUGCAUGGAGGUUAUGGUUUCAGUGAUAGAAACGGUGCGGGAGCUGCUAUGUUUGCUUUGGAGAUAGGGGAAAAGGUGGUGGUAUUAGGGGCAUGGAAGUGCAGGGGGGACGUGGAUACUAUAUGGGAUAAGGCUAUCAGCUGCAUCACGGAGACUGCUAGAGAAGUGUUGGUUAUUUUAAGGGGUCGGUCAGGACGUCAUAAGGGGGACUGGUGGUGGAAUGAAGAAGUUAAGAAGAAAGUAGAGUUUAAGAAGGAUAUGUAUGUUAAGUUGAUGGAGAUUAAAGAUGAAGAAGAGAAGUGGGUGAAUAGGGAGGUCUACAAAGUAGCGAGGAAGGAGGCUAAGUUAGCAGUUACGGCUGCUAAGUCGGCAGCGUUCGAGAGCUUGUAUACGGGGUUAAAGGAGAAAUAUGGGGAAAAGAGAGGCAAUCCACCUGGUGAGGAGAUUGGUGGAGUAGUAUAG